AUGCGGGCAGCAUACCAGAAGCGCAACCCCGGCUACACCAGCCUGGAAAGCCUUUUGGGCACCAGCAACUUCUCUUUCGGCAAUCCUCCCAGGAGUGGAGCCUCGUCCAAGUCUUUUCGGAAGCAGCACAAAAAGACGGAUAGCACCGAAAGCCAGCGCUCCUCUGUCUACGUCUCGCCCAAGCCGCAGAGCGCAUUCCGUGGCAUGAUGCUGCUAUGGAAGUGGGAGUGCUCUGCGCUUGUUGUGAGCCUCGUCAUUUUUAUAGCGAGCAUUGUUAUUUUGCGAGAGUACGAGAAUAAAGCCCUUUCUCAGUGGAAGGCGCCGAUUUCCAUAAAUACCGUCAUAGCCAUUAUUACGACCAUCUUCAAAGGCUCCUUACUCAUACCCAUAUCCAAUGGAAUAAGUCAGCUUAAAUGGCUCUCUUUCUCAAAGGAGCCUCAAGACAUGGUCACCAUGGAUGUCUACGACCAGGCCAGUCGAGGUGCCUGGGGAUCUUUGCUUUUCAUUUUCAGACAGUUUGGCGAUCGCAGACUAUCCUCCCUCGCCGCGUUUGGCGCUGCCAUUGCUCUCCUCACACUCAUUACCGAACCAUUCUCGCAGGCGGCCGUCGCCAUCGGAACUUGCGAGCGAGUGAUGCACAGCAAAGCCUCUGUGCCGCGGUUCAAUAACUACGCCAUUGCCCAAAGCGACGCGACUGUUGCAUCGCUUACGACGGCGAUGCAGCUCGCCGUGUAUACGGGCUUAUACGCCCGGCCAACAAACAGCUCUGAGAGCAUACGCAGCACCGUAGUUUGUCCGACGGGCAACUGCACAUUUCCUAUGGAAAGUGGUGCCUCUUUUGAUACGUUGACCAUGUGUCAUACGUGCAGAGAUGUCACAAAUAAGCUCGCCAUGAGCAAUGCAACAAGCAGCAAACAAGACGCCCAAGAGGCAGGUGACUAUGUUCUGACCGGCUACCCGGGUAAUCUAUCCCUGGCUAGUAGCAAGGGGUCGGGCUUCAGCGGUAAGAUUUUUACUUUCGGUACCUCCAGCGGUGUGUACGGAAGCGAUCCGACAAACUUGUGGCCCGUCGAAGGCUGGAACAGCACUACCUUGCUAAGCAUCCAAGGCAUUGCGCUGGUCAAGCCAACGCUGCAAGACAACAAGUCGGAUCUAGUCCCCAUGGCGUUUGACUGCGCUCUCCGACCGUGCGUCGUAUCCUUCAACGCCAGCGUCCAGAAUGGCAAGUAUGCCGAGACAGAAAUCGCACGACAGUAUCUUCAUGCUAUUCCAUUUGAUAAGUCGUUCCAACUCGUCACCUCGAGUGCAGUCAUCAACGGAUCUCGGCAAACAUGUGUCGCCAGCGACGAAAAGACAGCCACCAACAGCGCACACGUCCUCCUGCCAGCGUCAGCCUCGAGCAAAUCCACCGGCCUUGACGAUGACGGCAGCAGCCUACCUGGCAAGUGGUACAUGCCUGAAUGUGUCUACUCUCUCACCACGAGUCCGACCAGCGCGCUUGCAGAUUUUGUCAGCCGCAUCUUCGGCGCCGCCUCCAUUCAGCUCGUACUCGGCGUAGACCAAGUCGACGGCGCCGUGUGGCUGCAGACACUCUGGAGUACCGGCACCAUGACGAUGGAGUCCGUCGACCGCUUCAUGGACGGCGUGGCACUUGCCAUUGGCGCCGAGAUGCGCAGCAACAAGCCGCCGCCGCAGCAGCACGUUGACGACGGGGUCCCGUUCAGCGCCGGAAGCGUCACCGGAGACGCGCUUUACACCGAGGUGUGCAUCCGCGUCAAGUGGAGGUACCUGUCCUUCUUGGCAGUUCUUCUUGCCAUUGAGGUGCUGUUCUUUGCAGCCGUCGUCGUCAUCAGCCAGCGCAGUCCCUGGUGGUGCGAGAACUGGAAAACGUCGGCCCUCCCUCUUCUGGCGCAGGCAAUUCGUGGCGAGGACGUCGCCAAUGCCCCACCGCGCUGGAGUACGGGGAGCAACAUUGUUCUCGAGGGGUUUGCUCCUGACCAGAUGGCGGCGAAGAAGGUGGAAGUGAGGUUGGUAGAACAGCAUGGCGAAUGGAGAUUUGCAGCACGGUGA